AUUCAUUCACGGAACGCCAAACACAACCCCACUGACGACGACCUCACUUGCUCAUGCUGUCAAAGUGCAUGACCACCCCCGCGAAACACGACGCACUUCCGCGGCAUCUUCCAGACAGCCCAGUCACCGUAGACUGCAACUCCCUCGUCGUACACGACAUCCCGUCCAUGGAGCUCGACGUCCGCGUUCGCGGUGGCGCUGUCCAGUUUACAACGACCACAACGUUCACCUUUCCCCUCACGUACGGCGGCAGUGCGCUUCCCAAGGACUCCGGACCGCCCAUCGGUAUGGCCAUGAACCACGUCACAGUUCAAGUGGCGGACGCAACGACACCCAAACGGCGAAGAAGUCGCGUGCGAAAGUUCAGCCAUCUCGAACGCAUUGAGCUCCUCAAAGCGGCUGAAAUUAAUCCUCGCCACAUUGCUGCGUAUUGCGCAGAAGCUGUCGAGAUUCGAGCGUCAAGAGCCAAGACAUUGCGAUAUCUCAAGCGACGAAUGUCAGGCGAUCUAGAAGAUUGCGAAGACGACGAUAGCGUGGAGCCAACGACUACACUCGUCGAGCACAAGAGGCGCCGCAUGUACAUUCCAGCUUUGAGCGAAUUAUUGGACUGAACUCCACUAAACUAAGAGCAACUAAAGUAUUACAUGA